UUCCUACAAGAAAAUAAUCUGAUGGAUUACAGCCUUCUUAUUGGUAUCCAUGAAGUUGGCUUACCAUCUGAGCCCGUUGAGUCCAUAGAUGACAUCGGUGGUCCUGCUCCCAUUGAUCAAAAUGGCCCUCCUGAGGAUCGGAUUAUCUCCGCUGGUGAUGGGCUUGGUUCAAUUUCUUCGCACUGGCACCUCCGUAGGGUGUCUGCCAGUCGGCGUAGCAUUGUAGAUCAGGGAGUACUCUAUGGUAGUCAGCUCGGUGGCAAUCUCAGCACCGGGGAUGAUGAAGAGGACGACGGUGGGAUUCUCUCUGACCCGGGCAUUUCCACCGCGUUUCCAGGUAACAAUACGCCACCGGAUAGUCCAACCGAGGUUACUCUGGUCGACCAAGCCUUCUCCGGUGAACUGCAUCCCCACAUGGAGUGCUAUGGCAUCAAAAGUUCUUCCGGUGCGUUCACUUCACGGGGAUUAGUUGAAUCACUUUACUCCGAAUGAUAAUCUUGGUUUCUAAUGUAUUCACUUCUAAUUUUCCCUUAUAUAUCCAUCGAUUACGGCUACCAUUAACAUACGUUGGAUUUGGCUACUAUAGAGUACCUUCUUUAGUACUUCCUCGUACCAUUAUUUCCGGCGAACCGGCGUUUUUGUGUCCUGCGUAUGGUCACUAUUUGUUAUAUUGCGUGCUCAUUUUACAGAAUGUUC